GCACUGAGACCUUCCUCCUCAAUUCUGUAACCCUAGAACGUCUCCUAACGCCACAGCGAAGGCUUAUCAGGUUCUCCCUGGCAUCCUUUUUCCUAGGUCUUUCGUACUUCGUGGUCCAGAAUGUUCCGCCAGAAGCGUUUGUGUUGCGGAGAAAAGUUCCGAUAGUACCCUCAUGCGUUGCGAAGCUUGUGGUUUAGGUGCAGCCUAGGGCUUCUUGACGUGGAUGGCGAUUUCGUGUAAGAAGUAGGUGCAAGGUCUAGGGCAACGAUCUGUGUAAAGGCCCUUCUAAGCAGGCAGCGCUCGACGGUUGAAAGCAUAUACGGUGCCAUACUCGUAGUUUUCCAGUAGUUCCUCGGUUUCCGCUUGUUCGAGGCUCCUCCAUGCAUCCAUUGCAGUUAUUUGAUCCUCCUUAACGACGUUCACAAAAGCUUCAGCGACUUAACAUCCUCCUUAACGACGUUAGACUCACCAGAGCAGUAGCUGUUACCUUGUAACAUGGAUCCAGCAACCUGCAACAGUUGGGAGAGGGCGUCACAAUCGUCCGAUCACUACCAUCGCGAUGACGAUUACCAGGACAACCACGGCAACGGCUGGGACGAAGAACCCAGAGGGUCUAGUUGGGAGCGAGAAAACACUGUAGAUAGACAGCAACGGCAGCAGCGGCAUCAGCAGCACCAUCAGGAGCAGCAGUGGGAAGAGGAUGACCACGUAGGAGAGCAGGAGCGGCGAAGACCGCAAAAGGAACGGGAAGCGAAGCCGACGAGAAAAAAGAAAGAGAAGGAGAGCGGGGGUAGUAGCAGCAGCAGUGGUCAUAAGAAGGCAGAGUCAAACGGACCGACAAUACCCGAAGAGUUUAUGUGUCCGCUCUCGCUAACCGUCAUGACUGACCCCGUUAUAAUCGCAUCCGGCCAGACGUACGAGCGUGCUUCAAUCGAGAGGUGGUUCGCAGAGGGUAAGCGGACGUGCCCCAAGUCUGGCGUGCGGAUCGACCAUACAAACUUCUGCCCGAACUUCGCCCUGAAAAGCAUGAUCUCUGAUUGGAUGGCGCAAGGUUCGGGCGGCCAUUCUUCAGCUGCCCGUCCCAGUACUGCCCCGGCGAAAAAAUCCACGGUAAAAAGCUCCUCGAAAACCAGCCAGUUGCGGCCGAAAACACCACCUCCCCCUUCACUAAUGGCGCCUCGAUCGGAGACCGGCCCAGGCGAACAGGACCUCGAACGCCUGUCCGACGGCGCCGUGCGAAAGAAAAAGGUGGUUAAGAAGAAGAGCGCGGACGGCGGGGAGGAGAGCAAGGUGGAGAGAGGGCGGAAGGCGUCAGGCUCGGGAAGCGGUAGCGGUUCGGACGCCGGUGCUAAGGCUCGGGCGAGGUCCGUGAGCCCGCUUCCGUCGAACCUAUCGAAGAAAAUGGCGGCGCUGGGCGGCGGAGACGGUCAGGUAGGCGACGGGCCGACGGAUAUUAAAGCCGUAUGGGAGAGUAUAGCCGCGCAGGGGAGCAAGCCUAAGAAGGCCGGCGGCGGUCUGCAGCGGCACCUGUCGUACUUCCCGCGAGGCGAGGACGGGUUCGGCUCCCCCGCCGACGAUGAUGACGAUGACGUGGGGGGAAAGCUUUCCACGGGGAUUUCCGCUCUUAAGUUAGGGCGCGCGGGCGGCGGCGGAGGAGGGGGAGGUCCGGGGAAGAUAUCGGAUCUUAUGAAAGGUCGGAGUAUGAAGAUGACGAGGAAGCAGCGGGACAAGCUACUAUCGGAGAUAGGAGCGGAUGGGGUGAAAGGGGGCGGCGCGGGGCUAAGGCCGUCCCCGUCGGUGGGGGACGAGGGGGAAGCCGCGCCGCCGUCGCUCCGCAGCAGCGCGAAGAUGCGGUCCCAGUCGGAAACGGGCAGGAAGGUGAAAAAGUCGGAACGGGACGCGGACAGGGCGGCAGGCGGAGGAGGGGGCAGGGGGGACGAGGAGUACGGGGGGCGCGGGGAGCACCUGGCGCCAGGGGGGAGAAUGCUGGUGGGAGGAGGAGGAGGCGGGGUAGGCGGAAACAUGUCCCCGCUGCCGCAGCGUCCGGGGUCGGUGGGGCAUGGACGGGUCCCGAGCGUGAGUAGCAACAGUAGCGGGAGCAGCACGGGUGGGCGGCGGCACUUCGGCAUGGAGUCGACCGACGGUAGCAGCGCCAGCGCCAGUGGGGGCAGGCGCCAGUUUGCCGCUAACCCCGGCGACGAGCGCCCCAGGACCUCGGGCGCCGCGUUCGGCGGCGGGGAGUACGGGCAGGGCGGGCCGAGUGGGGGAGAGCCGUGGAGGGGGGCGGGGCAGGGGCUGGCGCCUAGCAGCAGCAGCGGGGGGAGGCCUAAGGGGCUCCGGAAAGGCGUGCUAAAAAACGCGGCUGGCGCUGCUGCCGCUGCUGCUGGCGGCGGUGGGGGCGGGGGCGGAUAUGGGGGAGGGCAUGGGCAGGGUUUAGGGCAGGGUAUGGGGCAGGGGCAGGGGCUAGAGCGGCUGACGUCAUCCAUCCCGCAGUGGCAGGCGGACAUUGAAGCCAUGUCGGCCGGCAGAACGUUCCGAAAGUCGCCGACCAACCCGUCGCCGCACCUGCAUGACGUGGACGUGGAGAGCACCCAUUCGGCCGGCAGGGCGUUUAGAAAGGCGACUACGAACCCGACUAUGCAAGAUGUUGAUAUGGGCUAUGGCCAUGCCAGUACCCCCCCCAUGACCCCUCCCCCCCAGCUGCCCCCCCAGCCGUCCCAGCCGCCUGCUGCUACAGCCGGGGGCGGCGCUACAGGCGUGCCCAGGCUGCAGCGGAACAGCAGCGCGCGCAGCACGUGCAGCAUGAUGAGCAUGCCGGGCGGCAGCAAUGAUGACCCGGGCGGUGCGCCGGUCCGCCGCGACAUGAACCCCAUGGUGGAGGCGCUCAACUUCGGGUCAGGUGUGGACCGGCGGGCAGCGGUGCGAGACAUCCGGGCAGCGAUCAAGGGCUGCCCGGAAAACAAAGCGCAGCUGGUGCAGCUGGGGGGGAUCGAGCCGCUGGUCGAGGUGAUCGAAUCGGACGACCUGGAGGCAGCAGAACACGCCGUUGCUGCCCUCAUGAAUCUCUCCCUCCACUGGAACGCGUCAGGGGAGAUCGUGCGAGCUGGGGGGAUCCCAGCCCUGGUAGGGAUGUUGAACCACGGUACUUCAGCCUCCCAAGGCAACGCGGCUGCCACUCUGUUCGCGCUUUCUAAGGAGGAUGACCACAAGCUCAUGGUGCGGGCGUCAGGCGCCAUCCCCGCACUUAUCUCCCUCCUCAAAACCGGCACGGUGCGUGCGAAGAAGGAUGCGGCGCUGGCGCUCUUCACCCUCUCUACCCAAGUCCGCUGCGCCCGAGACAUCCUUAAAGCUGGAGCAGUCGAGGUCCUCCUAGGGAUGUGUGGUUCGGGGGACUCUUCCGACCCUCCCCCUCCCGGCCUGGAAGAGAAAGCCACGGCGGUGCUAUCCAACCUGGCUCGGUUCCCCGAGGGGUGUCAGUCGAUUGUGGAGUGCGACGGGCUCACCAUGUUCGUGGACCUGUUGGACGAGGGGUCGUCGGCGCGGGUGAAGGAGGACGCGGCGUCGGUGCUGCUGCAGCUGGCGGCCAUGGGUUUUGUGACGUACGGGGACCUGCUGGCGGAAGGCGUGUUGCCGUCGCUGGUGCGCGUGUCGCAGACGAGCGCUGAGAACUCGGAGGCGAAGACGCUGCUGCAGAUACUCAGGCAGCACUGCGCUGAGAACAAGCGGUGAAAGGGGCAAGAGGUGCAACGCGACGCCACCAUUUGGUAACAUGAUGCCCUUGGUGCUGUCUGCAGCGCUGCUGCCACGUUUCCUUGGCUGAUAGGUUGGCUGUUUCGUCCGGAUCGCAUCAGGAGCAACUCUGCAGUGUGCAUGGCUGGUGGUUUCAUGGGUGGGCUAUCUGGAGGAUCACCUGUUUCGAUGGCACACGCAGAAUAAUUCAUUUGUUUUGUGACCUUAACUGCGUAGUCAGCUAGUCUGUUGGAUGGGUUUAUUUAUGUGCACCAUCUGUGCAGUAUGUGAGCAUCAUGAAGAGAGGAGACUGGCUUCAGUUCUUUAUUCCAGCUCAGGCAUCUUUUCAUUAUUAACUCCAUAUUCUGCUAGUACCGU